UUCACUGGUGCUGACCUAGCAGGAAAAUCGUGCUCGGUGUUCUCGGUCAAAGCGUUUUUCUUUUCCGAGGACGGGAAAAAGAAGAAAACUAUUUUCCUUUCCGUCGAUUAUCGAUUCGUUCGGGCGUUAAUUGAACUGGAUUCGUUCUUGAGAAGACGAAUUUCGAGCUUUCAAUCAUCUGGUGGUGAUUAAAAGUGAUAAAACAUCACGGGUAGAUUAGUGAAGGAAUAUCGGAAAAUUCCAAGAGUGAGCUGCAGCUGAAAAACGAGGAAGAAAAUUUUCCUAUUCUUAAUGUCGCAUUGCAGAUGUUGAAGGUUGGAUGGGGAUUGUGAUUUUAUUUCAGUGGCGUUCGAGUGAUUAUGAGUUAUGAAUGCUAAUAUUCAAGCUUUUCCAAGGAAGAAAAAUGCUGAGUGCGAAAAUUUAAUCCAUGAAAAAGUGUAUUGAUUUCUUUUUCAAGAUUGACAAAGAAAAUGUGUCCUUCCUUGCAACGUUACCCACAUGAGUGCGAAAAAAAUCUUUGACGUUUUGCUUUUUCACCUGCUGUCACAAUUCAACUGACAAGUUUCAGAUCGAAUUCGUUGUAUUCCAUAUUGGAAAGAAUGUAUUGUUUUAUUUGUUUAACAGAAAAAGAUUAACAGGAUGAAAGUUGAAAAUUCAAGAGAAGACCAUUGAAAUAAAAUUAAAAGGAUCAACAGCGAAAAAAAAAAGUCUGACCUACAUGGCACAGUGAAAAUUUACAUCACAUAAUACAGCGAUGAAACAUAAGCCCUUGGGAUACUGAAGGGAUUUCACAGCUUCAUAACAAGAACACGGAAGCCAUUCAUAGGAAGGGUCUUAAUGUCAGCGUAGCUGACACCUUAGAAUUACGCUCAGAAAAAUAUCAACCAGCAACGAAUAUCAACAGCACAACAAACACAUCCCCCGAAAAUGGACCGGAAACAUUGGAUUUUAAUUCCCCUUGCGCUAGUUGGAGUGUUUUGGUUUUGGAUUCCACAGGUUUCUGCAGAGUGUCAAACUCGGUCGAUUUACUGCUACGAGUGCGAUAGCUGGACGGACGCCCGCUGCAAGGAUCCCUUCAAUUAUACGGCGCUUCCCCGGGAUCAGCCGCCCCUGAUGACCUGCAACGGAUGCUGCGUCAAGAUGGUGCGACACUCCCGGACACCUUAUGAAGUUGUUAGAAGAAUGUGUACAUCUCAAUUACAGAUAAACUUGUUUAUGGUAGAUCAUGUGUGUAUGAUGGAAAGUUCAGGCAAUGGACAUAUGUGUUUUUGUGAGGAAGAUAUGUGUAACUCGAGUCCUAGCUUACAUUUUACCAAUCAUCUCAAUGUCAAGAUGUGUAUCAGUAGCGUGAUAGCCGUGAUUCUGUUGAAUACGGUGCAGAGGGUACUUCGGUAAGCCGCAGCACAAAAAUGGCGAACAAUGAAUUUCGAAUAAAAACAAAAACUAGUAAUAUCACGGUACCAAGCUUUAGGAGCCGUGUGGAUCGAUUUCAAUGACCCCAAACCUUAGAUAGUAGAUUAAUGGAAGCAACUUUCUGUUAAACAGAAAAACAUAUGUUUCAUAGAUCAAGAACGCGGAUGGCCAUAUCCUUUUCUGGAGAUAUAUCUUUCAUGACCCAUUCACGGUAACAACAAGAUAGAAACAUCUAUUCAACACAAACACUCAAACACUUCUCACUGGCAGAUGCAUCCAGUAAAUCAGUACACCUUCAUUUGUUUACCUCUCAGCGAUUCACAAUAUUCAAAGAAAUAUUUUCAUCUCAACCUAACAUUAGUACCAGUUCGAUGAGUUUCGAUAUGGAUUGUUUCACAUUUCUGACUUUUCCUUGAUCAUUCCCCCGGUUCAGAUGCGUACAUAAAUAUUUUAAUAUGAUUCAUUGAACCGUAACCACUUUUUUAACAGUUAUCUUUGUUACCUACCAACCAUAAGCAGAAUAUCUUCAGAUACUCUCUUUGAAUUUCUUCAACUAUCAUCAUUCCCCAGAUCACCUUCUGGAUGGUUAGAUACUUUCAGAUGAUCCGAUUCACUGGCGGCUCAUUCAAACAAGCUUACGAAAACAAAACUUGUUGAAUGAGAAGCCCAUCGUUCAUUCGUUCAUUUUCUUACAUCCAAACGUCUUUUCAUAUAAUUAGUCUAACCCCCUUUAUCUCUCUAUCUCAACAUAGUCCUUAGUAAAUGCAUGGCGACUAAAACUAAUGUUUGAAUUUGUUUACUUUUCCUUUGAACCCUUUUUCUCGAUACUAACAAACUCUUUACACUCGAGUUUAGCAACAACAACAAAUGUUAUAUAAAGCUCCUUUCCCCCUUUCUCUCCCUGUAAUCUAUAAAACUUUCAUAGGUACUGAUAUCGAGUUUGACAAUAGAUAGUUGAUUGAGUUUUUCGUUACUGUUUCGAUUCUCCUAGACUUUUUGACCUUCUUAAAACUUACUAGAUAGAUAGUGCGUUAGAAUACUGAAUUUGAAGAAACCAAACGAAAGCCAUCCGUUCAAAUUGAACAUCAUCUACAAUAAGCAGAGAUAUAGAAUUUUCAAAAUCGCCCGUUUGCUACAAGUUAGAUUAUAUUUUUCAUUCGGAAAGAAAAACACGAACGCUUUCCGCAUACGUUACAAUAAACACCAACCGGAGGAAACAUACUUACGCGAUUCAUAACGAAAAUCAAAACCCGAAUCGAGAAGUAAAAAAAAAACAAAACAAGCAUCGCUCUAGUACUCAAACUGCUCACGAUAAGCUAUUCUAACUGCUGUAGAGUUUAGUUUUAAUGCGUCAUUUUAUUUUCUAACCGACAUAUAUCUGAGAAUGUUUUAAUUUAAAUGAGUACAUUUGUAUGAGUUUUGUUAUGUACAUUAGUUACUGAUACCUUAAGCUACCAUAGAUCGCUAGAGCAAAUACUCAAAAUGAAAACAUAUUUUUAUACCUAAAUACAAUUAAUAGCUAAGAAAGAGCAAAAUAUCCUUGUAAAUAGUUAGAUAUCAUCUUUCUGCCCAUCUUUUCUCCCCCAUCAGAACAUAACCAGCAGCUGCGCGUUGAAACAUUAGAAAUCAUCAAACCUACUACCAGUAGCUACUUGAGUUAAAACUUCAGCAACUCUCCGGUCGUUGUUAUGUUUUGAUCUCGCUAUGCACUUUCCAAACAAAUCAAACUCUCAAAAGUUGCGCGAAACGAAAGCCUAAUUAGCAGAACCUCUGUACAGAAAAAAAAUCUAGUAUAAUGCAGAAUCAAUGUGUGCUAACGGUUGUUUUUUUUACAAGUUUUAUCUGUUUUUUACUUGAUUUUUGUUACGCCUAACAUAACUGCAUGUUGUUUUGAAUUUGUUUCUUUUUUUUUUUUUCAAACGUAUAUAUCGCAAGACUCACUUUGCAUGUCACCUCAGUGAAGGGGGUAGAGCCUACAGAGAAGUUACGAAAAUUAUUUUUUCUGAAAAUCGGUGGCUCCAGAGAGUAGUUACAUAACUACAUAUGGAAAUUACUUAAACCAUUCGCCGUCGGUCAUUCAUUAUCUUGAUUCAAUGAGAUUUUGGAUUUAAAAUUGUCUCUGAUGUUGAUGACGUUGACACUAGGUUCGUAAUAAAUUGGAGUUCCAAUCAACUUGAAAACAGAUAUGAUUUUUUUUCACCAUUUUGUCAUGAGAUCAAUUUUGAACAUAAAAUAUUGAAGGAAAACCCUCAAGUUUUACAUGAUAGUCCUGCCUACUUUGGAACAGGCUUCGACCUAACUGAGAAUUGAUGAGAUACCUUGAUACAUUAGAAAACUUUGUGAAAUCUAACCAAUGUUCGUGUGUCCGUUGAGGUUUUGGCUCCUCUCCAAUCGGUACAAAAGUUGGCUUCCAUUGGAUUGAGUUUUCAGACAUAAAUGUCCUAAGCUUACCUGAAUGUUUUCUGUGAUAUGUUCACUCUCAGAACAUCAGGCUCCUCCUCUCGGCAUUUGUGGUCAGGACACAAAUCCAACCUCGUUCGUAGCCGGAACACCCACAUAAACUUCUCCGGCGUCCUAAAUCCCUACAGCGCUCAAGCUGGCUUGAACAUCAAUUCAAUACGCCUUAAUGGGCGAUGAUGGCCGGCAUUAAAUUUUGGUCUUUGCUCUUGAUCGGCGCUUAAUACCCGACAUCAAACUCGCUUCGGCGAUCGUGGAAUAAUCAAAUGGCACCCCGAUUGGCGCUUAAAAACCCGACUUCAAACUAUGGCCAUUGCUCGUGAUCGGCGCCUUAUACCCGACAUCAAACUGCUUUCGGCGAUCGUGGCCGGAACACGAACAACUGCUGAUUCGGUAUCAUCUUCCGGGGUGAUUUCCCUUGCGGCGUUAAUAAAGUACCGGCCGCGACACACUGAGAGUCUCCACAGUUCACUUUUCGACACACGUGGCCGAGGUGAACAGCUCCCUCAAAUACUGACCGGAAUUAAACUUCCUUCGACUCAGUUAGCACUCUUGAAUCGGUCCAACACAAAUGACGACCCGCAAGCGCUGAUCCAAACCGGUGACGAUUCCACGUGUGUGUGGUGAAAAUUCCAUACUUAAGAAGCCUUCUUUUUUUGAAGGCCUCUUGUUUGUGGUACUCUGGUCGGAUCUUCAAAGCUCCGCAGCGAUAUUCCGCAUUUUCCGAGUUCCGAGUAUUAACGGAUUGUCCAUCGAAGUCUACCACUUUGGAAAAAACGUGUGCACCUUUCUACGGACCCAGUGAAUAAUUUUAACAGCAUACGUAUACACCUUAUGAACUAACUACUGUCUCUGACCAUGAACCCAUCCGGAUAAGAGAUUAAACUAGCGCAGAAAGGCUCCUCGGCAAUACAGGUUCACGAGUGCACUUCAUGCGCAUAAUAAUUUAUGACUCUCGACGACUCAAGGCCUGACUUCUUCUCUUCUUUAAUGAUUCAAGGUUCGAGUAUCUAUCGUAAUGACUCAAGGUCCGGUUUUCAGUCCGUCAUAUGCCGAUCGAGAGUGCCUCAUCUUGAACUAACACCUGGUCCAGCACAUAACCGUGACUUCAGGAAACAUGCGCGAAAAUGUCUAUCAUGGUAGUUGCCAAUAACACCCUGAAACAAUGUCUAGAAACGACAUAAGAUACAACUAGCAUUUUACUUUUUUCCGACAACGAUAUGAAUUCAGCUAGAUUCCGCCACUAAUAGAGCGCCACAAAACUUUAUCGAGGCACAUCGAUGAGUCUAUCUGUUACAGCUCGAUGACUUUCCAUUUGGCUUCCGGCCCAUCGGCCUUCCAUGGUUUCUGCUCGACGACCUCCAAAUGGCUAACCAACUUUUUGGGUGCGGCUCGACACUCUUCUUUUGGCUCGACGCCUCACCAAUGGCACGAUGUCCUUCCAUCUGGGCUCCAGAUCGCCGACCUUCCGGGUCAACUACCUCCAAGUGGGUCUGGCUCUACGACCUUACGCAGUUCUGGUCCGUUGACCACUUCAUGGCUCUGGCUCAAGGACCUCCCAGUCGCAGUGGCUCGAAGACCUUACUUAGUUCUUGUCUGUCGACCGCGGCGUGGCUCCAGUACGUCGUCUUUCCACUGAAUCUGGCUUGACGAUCUUCCAUCUUGCUCUAAGUUCACCGACCUAUAAGUGAUACCGGAAUUUCCAAACGAUCUCAACACGAUCUUCACGAGCGCUACUGGACCGCAUUUUAUAAGUUCGAAGACCAACCCGCCUCUUUGGGGAUCCACGUAUUUUAGUGACGCUACGGUAGAACCUGUUUAAAAGACCCGUCAAACAUUCUCAGUAAAUUUUUUGUUAAGACCGUCAAUCUCUUGAAGAUAGCCAAGAUAGAUUUCAAACAGUUUGCCAAGAGUAGCCAGUUUACUUCAUGAUCCCCGGGAAACUAUCUUCGUUUUAAAAUACCUUCUUAGCAGUUUUCAACCUUCAGGGUAUUUGCGAUGUUUUCCCUGACCUCCCCCCAACGAAUACGAGAUUCCGUAUGAACUCACAGUAAAUAUCUUUGAGAUAGCCUCGAGUAUCGCUUUGGUAAUUGUUCUGGAGUUCACUCGUCGAACGUUGUUGAACAUCAAUACAAUAUGGUGGCACCGGACGACCAUGUUCAAGGAAAAGCUGGGCAGUAAUCGUUAAAAAAUUUCCUGUUUAUCAAGCCAUGCUUCAGGUUAUAAAACCGUUGACAUCUUUUGUGGUGUUUUUUAAAUCUGCACAGACAAAAUUCAAUUUCAACUUUCGAGUUUUCAUUCGAUUUCCACCAAAUUUUUAGGGAGUGUAAAGAAACAAUCGAGACUUAAUUCAAGGUAGUUUCAGAAGCAAUCCUUAAAUAAUGGCCGUGUACUUCUCGAUCGGGUUGCCCAGUACUUCAAAAUCGACUCCUUGCGCCUCGAACUUCUCUACAACCUCAUUGAAGUAGUGGCAAGAUACCAAAUCCACCCAAAAGAGCGCUUCUGGAGGUACUCUUUAAGAUUGACUUGCCUACCGUUUCCGCACGUGACUUGCCACACCAGAAACUUAAGGACUAAUUUCGAAACUUUCUGUGCCCUGAGGUUCUCGGCAACGUCAAACUUAUCAUUGGCCGUCAUGUACAGGUUUAAAUAAAUCUGUUUCUUUUAUUAUUUCCACAGUAUACCGUCUCACGACAUAACUUGAAGAACAACAUUUCUUCAAUUCACUCGGAAACUGUUCUCCAAUUUCUGGGACAUUCCACAUUUGCCAAAUGGUCUAAUCAGCUUGCUCGUUGCGCUCCUGUUCAUCUGAUGCCUACCGGAAUCGCGGCGAACACCUGUUUUGCGGGACAGACAGCGUAUCCGUCCAGGGCUCGCCACCUUUUGGAUACUGGGUUUGCCAAAGAGUCGCGCGAGCCCGUGUUUUAUCCUUCGCCUCCCCACUCCAUUCUCCUGCAUGCCGCCAAAGAUGAUUCUUGACACUCGUCGCUCGAAUACUCCGAGUGUUUGCAGGUCCUCCUAGAGCAAUAUCCACGUCUCGUGCCUGUAAAGGACAACCGGUCUAAUGAGCACCGUGCACAGGUUACACUUCGUGCGAGGGCUAAGUCUUCUCGUCUUCCGCUGAUCAUUCACCUCCGGAUCUCACGGCUGGUGUCAUUGUCUGCGGCCACCAGUGAGCCGAAAUGGACAAAUCUUCGAUUAUCUCCAGUUCGUCACCGUCGAUCGUGAUCUUGUUAUUACUGGACAAGCGGGCUCGGUCGGUCUCGGAUCCUCAGGCCAAGUAACAUUUAAAGUGUUAUAGCAGGCUACUAGACAAAGUUUUGGUUUUAUAAGGGACUUGAGGAGUCUUAUAACUAUCGGUGUUACUUGGGUCUCGGAUGAUCUGCUUGAAGUUUGCCUUGAUCUAUCCUGGAUCAUUAUCCACCACGCAACAGUACACUACUUUUGGCUGUUUUAUUUUGCUUCUCGUCUCGGUCCGGGAACUUCUGGAUUCUAAACGAACGUAGUUCGGCUCACGUUUCAGUAUCCUGAUACCGUAGAAUUCGUGAUUCUUAACUUUUUCCGAUUUCCAUUAUGUGCGACGGAUUCUAAUUUUAAAAGUGAUACUUACUCGUGCAAAACUUUCUCACGAACGCACUGCUCUUUUGACGACAACUUGAAAACAUUAUCAGGUAUUUCCUGAAGCCUAGUCCACACUCGGCAACUUGAAGUGCGAGUUCGUUUGCUGAGACUUGUUUAUGUUUACAUUUUGGUUGCUGAAGGUCUCCUAUACUUGUCAGGAGACUUGAGACGGCAAUAUCAUCAAAUGUAAACAUAAACAAGUCUCAGCAACCGAAAUCGCAGUCCAGGUUGCCUAGUGUGGACUAGGCUUGAGACAGACGUGGGUCCGCUUUGUUGAUGUUUUUUGUUUUGAAAAAUGCUGGGAAAUGCUUUGAUUCAGUAGAAUUAUUCAACCAAGUAGGCUCACAACACAUAUUAGAGUAUUUGUACGCCAAAUUUCAUUUAAUUUUACUCAAUUUAUCAAAAGAACAAUAUCAGUGUGUGCAGAUUUGAAGUACACGAUUUGUAACACAUAUGAUAUAUUUGGGUGUAUUAAGAGGAUGAAUAAAUUUUUACCUAAUUUCAUUUACUAAAACCGAUAGCACACACUCCGAUAGCAUUCCACACAGGUACAGAUAUGAAAAAAAAAACAGAUUCCUUGGAAAAAUUCUAAACUUUGUCAAUUCAGUAGAAGUUGACAGUCGUAAUUCGAUCAUUGAGUGCUACAUAGGAAGGCAAGACGCAAAGCUGGGUAUUUCUUUUCGGGGAUUGAAAGCUGCUUGGUAUCAUUUAAGGCCCUUGGAUCCGAAGGGGUAUAAGUGCAUAACAGUUAAUUUCCAGAAAACACGGCUUUUAGUUGCUUUGUUUGGUGAUUUUCCAUACAUUUGAAAAAUGAAGAAUUUUUUGGCAGUAAAAACUCAAAAUCGAUAAUUUUUGCAUUUACUAUAUCGCUUUGGCUCUGAGGGCCUCAUUUGUCAGCGGCGAAUAAGCGAUCAUAAUAGCAGGGCAUGUUAGUUUGUAAAUAUACGAAUCGCAAAUAUCAUAAUCUAUUCAUCGCAGCUCACUUAAACAAAGCAGGUUAUAUUAUAAGAGAAGGUUAAAAAUUUAUUUUGUUUCAAAUUGAAGUCAGCUGCAGCGUCUUACAACGACAUAUCGGUUGGGCGUAAUUAUCGAAAUUUUCACUUCAACUUGAUCAACAGGAAUAAAAGUCAAGUAACUUCCAAUUACCAUUGGAAGUAUUUAGAUAAUUUUGUUUUUUUUUGCUCACGAAAUUCGUUAGUUAACAAGAUGAAACAACAAUAGGUACUAGUAUGAUUAAUGUCAAUAAUCAAUUCAGCGAAUACAAACAUUUCCAGUAACAAGGUGUGAAAAUUUUCGAAUAAUUCUUACUGCUGCUCUAUACAUUUAAAUGCAGUUUCAAGCUUGAGUAUACUGAAAGUAAAUUUAAUUCAUGAGAAGUGGAUAUGUAGAUAGAGCUUUAUUUUUAUACACACUUUUUUGUGGAACAAUAGGCACAGGGUCGUUUUCGGAUGCUUUCAUAAAAUAUCUAAAUAUCAUACUUAUAUUUAGUACCAGUAGAUGGUCGCAGUCAUAGAUAGCUUUUAACCAGAAAUUGAAAAAAAACUUUAUGUUUGAUCCAACACAGAAAAAAAUAUCAAAUUAUCAAAGAACUUGUUUAAAUUUUGAUUGUUUGAUAGUUUCUGUAAUUUUCAGUGGUACUGUUCAGCAGAAUUUUUUCAAAAAAUAUUCUUCAGGUAUAUUUUCAAAUAACCUGCAGUCAAGUUCGAGUUUGUUUCAACAGAAUAGGUACCUACUAUUUUGAUAAUCUAAGAAACUUUUUCCUAGAUCCAAAGAUUUCAGAUAAUUUCAAAACAAUUUUUUUGGAUCUCAAGUUAUUGAGCGUUUUACGAAUGUUAUUUUAAUGAUAACAUAAAAUAUUUGAAUCUAUUUUUUUUUGUUUUAGCAUGCGUUUGAAAAUUUAUAAAAGCUUUCCAAAAUAGGUUUAGUAAACUUUGACUCGAUCGACAAAACUUUGACGAUACCCCGAACAAAUGAAAACCGGCUGUUCAUUCCGUCAGCGGAAAAAGCAAAAAGUAAUCUAAGAAUAAAUUAUACUCGAGCAGCAGAAAUACAAUAUAGGAACUAACGAGCAGCUAAAACGAUUUCGAAGAAUUUGCAGCGUUCCAAAAUAGUUAGUCUAUCCAUACGAGGAGAGAACAAAAUUGUCAAACAGUAACUGAAUUAUUGAACGAAAAAAACACCCCCAAAAUUCAAGGUUAAAAAAUGAAAAAAAAAACGUGCUAACACAACAAUAUUGAUUGAUUGUCCUGUAUUGCAAGUUUCCGAAAGGAAGAGAGAAAAAAACAGAUAUACAAGAAAAUUUUGGAAAAUUUAUUAUUGCGGAUCCAAGAUAGAACGUCAAAAAAAAACAUAAUCGUGAUCAUUUUUUGAUAUAUCGAGAACAAAAUCCAAAGCAUUAGUCAACCAAACCAGAAGCGAGCAAAUAAAAACGAUGAAAACUACCUGUCCAGGUUUUUUUUCGGUUUCAAAAGUUGCAGUCCCUCAGUAGUUUCCGUCCUGUUCCAAAUUUUUCAUUGUUUAAAUUUUUAGAUUUUUUGAUUUUGCAAAUCAGAAAUCUUCUUUGUGGUUUAAGGAUUUUCCUACCAUUUUUUUUUUUCAACUUCCUUAAAGUUGAUUAACGACUUUUAUCCCAAGAGUUUAACCCCGCACCCAAUUAUCGAAAUCGACCCUCCAUCGUCCUUCGAGGUAAACAUCCACUGUGACGAAAUGGAAAUAGAAAGUGAUCAAUCUCGUGAGUUUGAACAAAGAUUUAUACACAAAUCUCAACAGUAUUUCUAGCUACAUGCUUAUGACAUUUUUGAAAACUUUUACAUUUCAUUCCAGUUUCAAGGCGUUUGACGGUCGCCAUGCAUUUGUUCGAUUUGAGAAAAUUUUACAACCGGUUGGUGAAACAUAGUUUUUUAUAAAAAUUUAUAAGAAAAACUGACGGAAAAAUAGAUAAACUUUACACAAUUUUCUUUCAUCCAACAUUAUUAUUACAGAAAGGAUGUUAGUUCCACCUUAAGUGUACAUUUUUUUAACAAUUCCAAGCUUCGUUCCGGUCUAGAUUGCGAAUCAUUAUUUCAUCUAUCGUUUUAUACGUCCAAAUGUCUUCCUUCAGAUAAUAAAAAGGGUCUGUGCAGACUUGUGUUAGACCAAAACUGCCAUAGUUUUGCAUUUUUAUCAUUUCUUUAGAACUAUUUCUCCCUGUAAAUAUUAAAAAAAAACUGGGUUGUACAGUCUCUCUUAGUUCCCCAAAAUAGUUUUACUUUUCAAAAAUCCACCUCAAAUCUAAGCAUCUUUACAAUUGAAACAAUAACAAAAAGGUCUGUAAAAAAACAACGAAAAUGAAGUAAGCUGAAAUAUUGCAUGCCCUCUGAUAGAACUGGUAUUUUGUGCAUCCCUAUGAGUGUGAGUGACGCAUUUAUUGUUCAUUUUUUCUUAUAUUUUUGUUUCGUCAUUCUCGUUUGUAUCGACACACUAUUGGAUUGCUUUUAUUCUACCACACGCUUUGAUUGUUUGCAUGCAUUGAGCACCGAGCCUUGAGAAUGUUUGCUUCCACACGUGCAUUUUGUUUAUCUCCUCGACUAACCUUCAUCUCUAGAAUACUUUCUAUCAUGACGAAAAGUAAUUCAAAGAUGUAGAAACUGUCUGUGUCUGCUAGAAAACUAACAGAAGAUUUCCAAACACUUUCUCCCUUCCUUUUGUUUUUGGAAUCCCCAUAGUCAAAGUUUGUCAAACUGUCAAAUCAAACCGACAGUUGCCAAUCGCAAACAACAUUCAAUAUUUUCUGAACUCGAGAUAGCAUGUUAUUUUUUAUUUAAAAAAAAUAGUUUUUCGCUAUCACUGAAACAAUAAAUUAAAAAAAGGUCUACCUACAUUGAAGGUUUCCAAAAACAUGCAGUUGUAGUGAACCAAAUUUCGAACUACAUACUGUUUCGUUAAUGGCUCCGAAUGCAGCGAUAAGUUGGAGUAGAAAUCCAUUUGUUUUCCAUCGAGAAACUCUCCACAAACAAUUUACAUAAACACAACCAACAAAUGGCAAUACCGAACUACACACUGCAUAAAACGUUUCCAAUUUUGAUUAUAUUUUAACUCAGUUUUUUAUUAUUGGAAUAUUUUUUUGUUUAUUGAUGAUUUGUUUAGCACAUCCUUUGAAUAUUGGUUUAUAUCUUAAUUUUUGCUAGUUACAACACAAAUUCAUUGAAAACAGUAGACAACAUCGUCCACAUCGAAUCUAUAACACUGGCUACAAAACCCAUACAAGAAAAAACACCACUCGGACACCAUUCUUUUCUAAACUCAUGAUAGGUUAAUGAAGAUGAGCUUUCGUAAAAAUGAGUCAUCAGUAAGGUUGAAAGUUAGGAUUUAAACUGGGUAUGUUGUAAUGACACAAGUUGAACUUACUGAACUUACCCUUAAGAAAGACCAGGUAAAAAAAAAUGCAAACCUCAAAACAAAGAACAACUUUAAUCAUCAUGAAACAGUUGACCGAGGCGGUGACCGUUCAACAAAAUUAUAAUCAAUAGAGAGUAAUAGAGAGCCGAACAUCAUCACCUGUCACCUGUGAAAUGAAAGUCCCAUUGGGACACAUUCCAUCUCAUCGUGAAAAAUAUCGACAGUAAUCUCAUUACCGGAAAUGGAAUUCCGGUCAUCCUAAGAGUCGUGUAUGACGAAAAAGGUUAAUUCAAUAACUGGAGUAAGGGUUUAAAGUUUUAGGAAUUUGAAUUAAAGGAGCAGAAAUGGAAACACCAAAAUACGGAAAGAAAUUUGGAUUGUUGCGUAAUUCGAACACACAAAUAAUGGUAACAAAAUUAUAAAAAAAAAAAAUAUAAAAUAUUUCAUAUCAAAAUCGAAACUCAGAACAAGAAUUCUGAACUCAUGAUCAAACCAAAGUUUACUAACCUAAUUAUUAAAAUAAUAAGAAUUCACAACAGAACUUGAAAUUAAGAUUUGGUCACAUUAUGAAGAAUUGUUAUGUGGGCGGACCGUGGUCGGUGCCACAAAUGAAUAAAAUCAAAUUAUGAUUGAUUUUGUGUGAGUAGGGCAACAUUUUAAUCUCGUCUCUCCCAUAUUCCCCAAGAUUGCGUGUUACUUACUGGCUUUCACAAAUUUACGAUAUGCCUCUUCCUUCCUCGAUUGUUCGUUCGCCUCAUCAGAUGACUAUCCGAAUUCUUCUGGGCGCCUGAUGAGCGCGGAUUCGACGGCUGUUCCCCCUGGAUGUUUUGCCUCUGGUGCGGCGAUCUGAUGCAGCGAUCGGAUUUCGGCGGCUGUUCCCCAAGAUUUUUCGCCAUUGAUGCGGCGAUCAAAUGCUUCGGAUUCGGCCCUGAACCGCCAAGAUUUUUGCCACUGAUUCGGCGAUCGGAUACCUCGGAUUCGGCGGCUGCUCGAAGCGACCCGAAUUCGGUGGUGUUCCACCGGGAUUUUUCAGCACUGAUGUUGCGAGACGGACGCGGUCGGAUUUGGCGGCUGUUCCAUCGGGAUUUUUUUGCCAUUGCGUAGUGAUACGGCGCAGCCUGAGGAAUCCAGCGAGGAAUUCGCUUAGGAAAAGUAAAAUAACCCGACCACUUUUCUUUUCUCGCGGCAGAUACUUGCCUUUGCAACCCUUCUCUGGUGCUUGUUCUUAUUUUGUUGCUCCUGGCCCGGGCAUCGAGUUUCCCAAAAUGGACUGCCCUAGAGGCGAUAAAAGAAGCGAUAUAGUAAAAAAAAAAUGGGUUUAUGGCAGGGUUUUUUACCUUUUAUUCGGCUGGAUUCUGUGCAAAGUAUGCACGUGGCGUGCUCCGGUUUUUGCCGCGUAGAAGCUGUAAAUAAAUUGCAUUUUUCAAUGCCUUUGCGCCAACGAAUUCCGGGGUUACGUACCUCCUGCUGGUGCUGCACUUAGGGCACUCCAGCUUCUUCCGCUGGCAAACCGGGUUUUUCUUCCGCGUACGCACUUUUUUUUACUGCCACGAUUUUGUGUGGCGACCGAUCGUCCGAUUUUUCACCGGAAACGAAAGUGACGUUUUGACGGUUUUUCUCUCUUUUACACGCUCAACGUGGUUCGCCCAAUUUUCCCACACGAUGAACCAGACUUGAAUCAAAGCAAUCGAAAGAUUCCUUUGAAUUCCACCAGACUUCUUAAAUUUGCGUUAAUUAUUUAUACACGCAUACGCUAUUCUAUAUGGGGAUGGGUUUUUAAUGAGUUCAUGUAGCCAAUCACCUAGGGUAAAUGAUCUUGAGCGGAACCAAUUGGAUAAAUUCGACGCAACUCGGAACAGUUGACCAAGCGGUGUGGAUAGGGGUUACAUCCGAACGAACUUUUUUUAGUUCAGCGGAUAGAUCUUGGCUUCUGCUUUCUAAUGAUGAUUUGUAAAAUAUUUUAGAGUAAACCCUGAUAACUCUAGAGCUGUUUUACUGAAGAAAGAAUUCUGAUCUUGAGCGGAACUAAAAUAUGAUCUUGAGCGGAACCAUUUUGUACUGUCAACAUCUUGAAUAGCUAUCAUUUAUAAUCUUUGUGUAACUGUGAAAACUUCAAUUAAAUUUCAUCUUUAAAGAUUUCAAAGUUCAAAAAUUUAUGUUUUCAUGUAAAUGACAAAAACUUUGCCUUCCAAAGUUGUUUUCAAAAUAUCCGUUCAAAUUUAUUUCUUACUUCAAAAAAGAUUCCCAAUUUUCAUUUUGAUUCACUGUAUUUUAUUUUGAAAAAAUAGAUACUCAAAUUUCAGCUAUUUCAUCUAAAAAAUUAGAUUUGUUAGUAUAUUUGAGUGAUAAUUUGAAUGUGCGUGCUUAGGGUCAUAUUACCCCGAACAACUUUUGAAGGUUACGACAAAGUCAGUUAUACAAAAGAAGAUGCCUUUAAUUACAGAUUUUGCUAAUAAAACUGUACAUUGCUCUAAAUCAAAGUGUUUCGAUAGAAAAAAUUUGAUUUUUUGUACUUUUAUCCCCAAAUCCAGCGAUGGAUUUCUGUGAUGCUGAUUCCUUUAAUUUCAUUGAAAAUUUAUGAUAAAUUGCUUCUUUUUUUUAUAUUCUAGUUGGGAAAAAUCAAUUAACAUUGAAAUUCUUAACAAACUUUUCUAAUUCAAAAUAAGAAACCUAAAUUUUAUAUUGAACAAAAAUUAAAAUUUUGGAAAUCUAUUCAAAAUUCAAAAAUUCGGUGAAAUCUGUAAAUAUUUCAAAUUUCUGUGUUCAGUAGCACAGAUUUUGUGAUAAAAAUUUGCUCAAAAUUCUGUGAAAUUACAGAUUUUUCUUUGAUUUCAGCAUUCUUGCUCUAAACAACUCAUUCAUAGAAUAAAGUUUCUUGUUUUUUAUGAAUCACGAUAAAAUUAAUUUAUAUCAACAAAAUAUGGAAACAUUAAGCAUUUAGCUCAAUUGAUAAAACAUUUAUUUCUCUAACCGAUUUCAUGAGUUCCAGCUCAAGUCUAAACAUCAAACACUAGAGAAUCGGAUAGGUUUUCAAUACCAGGCCACCAAUUGAUUCGUUAAGUAUGAUAAAAUAGCUAACUAGGUGUGCUUUGCAACACAUUUAAGAACUGAAGGAAUUGGUGUUAAAAAUAAUUUUAAUUUUUGUUUAUUGGUAUAUCGUAUUCAAUUGGAAUUUCGACAUCAAGAACAACCUCUUUAAACGAAAGCUGCUUCUUAAAGAUCGAAUAGUAAUGGCAAUGAAGAUUGAUUCUUAUUCUGGAAUAAUGACAUUACUUUACUGACCGUCGUUCCUCUGAAAGAAAAAACCGAAAAACAUUUCUUGCACCACAAAAACUAAACAUUUUGAGUGCCUGGUUUGGUACGCUGUGACACCAAUCAAAGUAAUUUUCAGUUGUAUUCGAAAUUAAUUUUAGAUCUUUUCUGUCCCUAAAGCUGAUAUAAUAAGUACAAUAAAAAGGUGUUGCUUACAUUCAGGGGUAAAACCUGCGUGUGAGACAUAAGGCAUAAGGCAGUGCACCUAGCGGUUUAUUUCGGAAGCUAGUAGUUCCGCUCAAGAUCAAAGAUGGUUCCACUCAAGAUCAUAUUUUACUUUUAAAAACCACGUGAUUUAUUGAUAUUUUGAUGGAAAACUUGUUACAAAAACCCGAAUAAUGCUUCUUUUAGAAUUUUUCUACCAUUUUAGUCAAUAAGAAUCAGUUUAUAACGGCCAAGGGUUACAUAACGACGUUCAAAAUCAGCAUAGAUUGGUGAAAAUUGCAGCAGAAAUACGUAUGUUUUUAAAGCUUCUAAAAACAUUACUUCAUUUCAUAAAUUUUAUGAAAAAUCACAAAGCUUGUAUGAAAAAAUCUUGAAAAAGUGUUUUUUCAACAUUUUGGUAAGAUUCAUAAAUAAUCAUUGCCUAGAUCUUAGAAAAAGUAAAUGGUUCCGCUCAAGAUCAGAUUUCGACUAGUUCCGCUCAAGAUCAUUUACCCUACAUCGUAUCGGUUUUAGUCGUUUUACCAUCUUUAUGGCAUUCGCGACUUUAUCAACGUUGCAGUUGGCGGAUCGUUAUUGAAAAACUAACCGGUACAACUGUGUUCGAUGUUUACUCUUGAGCUCAAACUCGCGGACAUCGGCUCAGGAGACAACAGACUUGCCAACUGAGCUAUAUCACAAGCCCAAAUCACUCACUACGAGGAAACCUUUAUGGGUUAAAUUCCUAAAAAAAAAAGAAUAAAAAAAACCAAAUCAUUCGAAUCUAGGAUAACUUUUUAAUAAAAAUCGGUCGAAAUCAAACGGAAUUCAGAAUAACCUCAAAGUUUGAAUAAGGCCAAGUUCAAAUUAAGAGUCAGUGCUUAUCAGAGUGAUCCAAAUUGGCCAAUCUUUGAAAAUUUUACAUGUUACGGACUGACAUUGAUCCUAGGACUUGUAAAAGGAAACAUGCAAAAUUUGAGCCAGACAUGGAUCACGGGAAAGGGUCACAUGAAAAAAAUCUGGUUUACUUAAUUUAAACAAAUAUUUCAUUCAAUGAACGCAUUUCGAGUAGAGUUGUGAUAAAAAAAAGUUAUUGAGCUGUAAUAAAAAAAAACUUUUAGAGGGUCAAUUAACGUAUAUUUGCAAAUUUAUCCAACGAGGUUUUCACGUUCCUCUCGAUCAAAAUGUCUCAAUGUUCCAUACAAUUUUCAGUUUCAUUGCGCGACCCCUACCUGUGACCAGGCCAACAUUUACAAGGACCUUGUGAUAGUCCUACUAGGAGAAAUUCAGCCUGCAACGCGUAAGAUUUCAUAAGUAUUACUUCCUCAUACAAUUUUGGGCCACUCUAAAGCUUAUUCAGAGUCAGUCCGAGCUCAAAAUUACUCAAAUUCAGAAGUUCGAAUUCGAAAUGAGUUCCAAUUCAGUAUCAGUAUGAAUUCAGAAAAAUUCUUUAUUCAGUUUCAGUUCGACUGAUUAUUUUGUUAAGUCCAAUUCAGAAUGAUUCCUUAUAAAGUUUCAGUUUGACUCAUUUAUUCUUAAGUCAUACUGAAUGAGGAAUCGUUCUGAAUUCAAACUGAUAUUGAAUUGGGACUUAAUUUGCGAAUUCCUAUCCGAAGAUAAGAAUACGAAAUCCGAGUUCAGAGUCAUUCCGUUUUCAAAAUCAGCUAAACUCAGUGUCAUUUUGAUUCCAGAAUCGCUUCGAAUUCCGAAUCAGUCCGAAUUCCAAACCAGUCAGAAUUCCAUACAUAAAAGUUCCUAAUUCUGUAUGAGAUAAAUCGGAAUCAGGUUUGUAAUAAAGGAUCAUUCUGUUUUCAGGAUCUCGGAUUGGCAUUCAUUCCGAAUCAGUUCAAGUUCCGCUUUAAGGAUGAGUUGGAAUUCCGAAUGGAAAUCUGCUUAAUUUGAACUGAGAAUAAUUCCAGUUUAAGUUCCGAAUCAAUUCGAAUUCCGAAUCAGUCCGAAUUCCAAAAUAGUUCAAAUUUCACAUUAUUCCGAACUGAGAAUUAUUCCUAAAUCAUAGCGAUUUCAGAAUUUCUUUGAAUUUAUGAUAAGCAAGAACUCCGAAUCAGUCCUAAUUCAAAAUCGAUUCGAAUGAAGAAUUAAUAGACUUUAUAAUAAGCUAAAAUUCAGAAUCAGUCAGUAUCGGCUCUAAUUCCGAAUCAGUCCAAUUUCCAAAUAAGUUUAAUCUCCGAACCAGUUUUAAUAACGAAUCAGGUCGAAUUCCGAACUAUUCCGGUCUGAGAAUCAUCCCUAAUUCAGUGUCAGUUGAAUUCAGAAAUAAAACAGUUUCCGAAUCAGUUCGAAUUAAGAAUUACUUCAAAUUUCGAACCAGUUCGAGUUCCGAAUAAGAACAAAACACGAAUUAGUCCUAAUUCAGAAUAAACCCAAGUUUCUAAAAAAUUCAAAUUAAAAAUCAAUUAAGAUUCCGAAUCAGUUUGAAUCCAGAAUCAUUCCGAAUCAGUCCAAAUUCGAAAUUAUUCGAAUUCAGAAUCUGCUUGAAUCUAGUUUCAGUAAAAUUUAGAAUAAAUUAGUUCGAAAUCAAAUUUCUUAUCAUAUCGAAUUGAAGUUUGUAAUCAAAUUUUGAAUCAAUCCAAAUUCAGAAUUAAUCGAAUUUUAGAACCCGACCAGAUUAAAAAAUUCAUAUGAAUCAGUUCACUUUUAAAAAUAUUCUGAAUUCAGAAUACGUUUCAAUUCAGAUUUAUACAAAUUCAGCAUCAGUGCGAAUUAGGACUCCGAAUGUAUUCAAAUUUAGAUACCGAUUUAAAAAUAAGUCGUAAUUCGAUGUCAUUUUGAUUUCAGAAGUACGCAAUUGAAAUCAGACCGAUUUUAGAAUAUCUCCGGAGUUCGAAUCAGUCCGAACUUCCAAUCAACCCGAAUUCAGAAUCAGUCCGAAUUUAGAAUCAAUCCAAAUUCCGAAUCAGUUUGAAUUCAGAACUCAUUGGAAAAAGAAAUCCAUUCGAAUUUAGAAUCAGAAAAAGUUUGAAUCCAGGAGGUCGAACUCAAAUCCCGAAUGAAAUUUCUAAUAAAUUUCAGAACCAGGCCACACUUUGGAACCAGUUCUUCAGCUCAAAGUCAGAACUGGAACAAAUUAGAAAUCAAUUCAAGUUUCGAAUGAGUCCGAAUUCAAAAUUGUAAUCCAUGCAAAUUCAUAAUCAGUUGGAAUUUAAAGUCAGUCCGUAUUCAGAAUAAGCCGGAAGUCGGAAUCAGUUCGAACUUUAAAUCGGUUCGAAAUGAAGUUUUUUUUAACAGACGCGUUUGCGCCGAGGGUCUUCUUAUUUUUUCCAAAAUUUCACAACAUAAAAACAUGAUUUUUUGCAACUUUUUGCAAAAAAAAAUCCAGAGAUAACCGAAGUCAGUUUUUUUAAAUAGAACAUAUAGAAUGCAUAGAAUUUUUAUCAGCUUUACAAGUUGAAUAUUUGAAUCAGUCCGAAUUUAGAAUCAAUCCAGAUUCCGAAUCAGUUCGAAUCCAGAAUUCAAUGGAUUAAAAACCAUUCGAAUUUAGAACCAGUAAAACUUAGAAUCCAGGAGGUCGAAUUCAAAUCCCGAAUGAAAUUUCUAAUCAAUUUCAGAACCAGACCAGAUUUUAAAAAUAAAUUCUUAACAAAUUAGAAAUCCAUUCUAAUUUCAAUUGAGUCCGAAUUCAAAAUAGUAAUCAAUCCAAAUCCAUAAUCAGUUGGAAUUUAAAGCCAGUCCAAAUUCAGAAUAGGUCAGAAUUUCAAAUUAGUUUGAACUUUGAAUGGGUCCUGAAUGAAUUUUUUUUUAUAUGACGCGUUUGCGCCAGGGGUCUUCUGAUUUUCCUCAAAAUUUCACAACACAAAAAAAUGAUUGAACUUUUGGCAAAAAAAAAAAUUUCAGAGAUAUUCGUCAACUCAUUUUUUGUAAAGCUUUCUAAGUAAAAUAUUUGAAUUUUAGUGCACUAUUAAAAUCAGGCCGAAUUAAGAAUCUAUCUGGAGUCCGAAUCAGUCCGAAUUUACAAUCAACCAGAAUUCAGAAUCAGUCCGAAUUUAGAAUCGAUCCAAAUUCCGAAUCAGUUUGAAUCCAGAAUUUAUUGAAAAAAGGAAUCCAUUCGAAUUUAGAAUCAGUAAAACUUAGAAUCCUGGAGGUCGGACAAAAUUUCUAAUCAAUUCAGAACCAGCCUGCAAUCCAAAUUCGAAAUAAGUCAGAUUUUGGAAUCAGAUCUUCAGCUCAAAGUCAGAACUGGAACAAAUUAGAAAUUAAUUCAAAUUUCAAAUGAGCACGGAUUCAAAAUUGUAAUCAAUAUAAAUUCAUUAUCAGUUGAAAUUUGAAAUUCAGAAUAGGCCAGAAGUCGGAAUCAGUUUGAACUUAAAAUCGGUACGAAAUGAAGUUUUUUUUUAUCAGACGCGUUUGCGCCGGGGGUCUUCUGAUUUUUCCCAAAAUUUCACAACACAAAAACAUGAUUUUUUGCAAGCUUUUGGAAAAAAAAUUCCAGAGAUAAAUUCUUCUCUUGGAAAAAACAUAUAUUUUAAGUGCACAGAACUUUCAAUUUUUCAACGGAAAUUCUUUAUAGAUAAUGGAAUUUUUAUCAGCUUUUUAAGUAAAAUAUUUAAAUUUGAGUGGCAAAUUUAUAUGAGCAUGAAAAAUCGCAAACAAACUCCAAGACUAUUUAAAGUCCCGUCUGCAUCACCAAACAUUCCGCGAACCAUAACAUUUGUUAUGCCAUUUUAUGAUGCAAAUUUCAUCUGAAGACCCCAAAUGGGCCAUACUCUCCUUUAACCGUUAUGAAUGGAAUAAUGAGGAAAAAUCUCUUAUGUCUUUAUUUCUUAAAUAAUACUUUAAGAAGUGAAUGGCCCAUACGAGUGUCUUCAGAUGAAAGUUACAUCACCAAAUGGGCUACAAAAUUAUGUUUUCCCCAAAAUAUUGGGUGAUGCAGACGGCACUUUUAAACAGUUUUUAAACUUAUUUACGACUUUUUUGAUAGAAAUUUACUCGUCUACAUUGUUUUUGGAUUUUCUAUUUAAAAAGCUGGUAAAACUUCCAUCGAUGGGCAACUGAUGUGCACUUGAAAUAUGGUUUGAAAAUUAUUUUACGAAAAAAUAUAACUUCAUAUACUUCGGGGAAUUAAAAUAAAAAAAAAAAUGCAAAAAAAUCAUGGGGGCUUAAGCCGCAAAAUUGAGCCAAAUUUGAAAUUUUUGAGGAAAUCUAAGACCCCCGGCGCAAACUGUCAGAUAAUGAAAAAAAAAGUUAAAUCCUAAUCCAAACUCGAAUCAAUCCAAAUUCGAAGCCAUCAAAUCUAGGAACGGAAAUCUUAGAUCUAAAUCAUAACUCAGAUCUUGAAUCCCAAAUCAGGAAAAACAUUUUUCAGCACUCUCGAGAAAAAAAUGUGCUACGAAUUUAAACAUGGUGUCUUUCAGUUCACAGCGUGUGACAAUGAUGCGACGAGGCAAGGUGAUGAAAAUGUUGAUGAUGAUUGUUGUUCGAGGAAGAUACAGGACAGGUGUUGACUUGAGCUUGAGAUUUUCAAAAGUUUAGUUCCAGGAGAGCAGCUUCCGAGAAUUCAACGGGAUAGUCUGUAGUAAAUAAUAAGCAAAGCAUGAAGCAUUCUCUAUCCUACGGGACGAGAGCACCUUUUGUCGGGAAAUUUUUUCAAGAUAGUACACGGCGGAACACUUCUGUGACGUCAAGUGGUUCUUUUCGAAAAAAGGAAUGAAGCAAAAAAGUACGACCGUUAACAGCAAAAGACAGGAAAGGUCCAACGAAUAACAGGAAUGUGCUGCAACAAGGGAAGCCUCGAAGGAAAAUCGAAUUAAUUUUUCCUGACGUUCCUGACGUUGUUUUCCUUCGCGGAAAUCUUAUUUGCCACCACCCGCCCGGCUCAUUUGAACCAAAUGCUUCCGUUUAGUUUAGCCAGCCAGCCAAUAAUGUAGUUUAGGAUAGCUCCAGACAGAAAACAUUUCGUAUUUGCCUUUAGGGUUUCAAAAGCAAAAGAAGGUAAAAUCAAAAUGGGAAAAAGUAAAUAAACGCGUGUCUUCCUACUUCGAUAGGGUGUCAAAAGAAAACCUGGUUUGGAUCACGCGUCAAGGAAAAUAAAUCAUGAUUGUAAGGACUGAAAACCCAGAUCGAGCGGGUUUUCCCAAUGUUGUUCUAGUAUGUACUUCGCACAUAUAUUCCUCACAAAUUUGUUUUCGAAAAGCAUUUUUAUGUUUUGCUGUAUAUUUAUGAUUUCGUUCAAUGUGUUUCUGUGUUUUUCCAAAAACGAAAAAAAAACCUAUCUGGCUACGAACACAGAAAGUAGUGACCAAUAUCAAAAAUGAGUGGAUCUGUCAAAGGCCAAUGGGGUAUCUUUUGAGAGAUGAAUUUUAAGUUUGUAUUUUUGUUCCCUAGUUGUUAAAUCGAAUGAGGGGGUACAACCGAAGAAUGAUGGUUGUUAUUUUAUCGAACCUAUGGUUAUGUUUUGCCGCAAACAUCCGUUGAGUGAAUCGAUCAAUAGUUUUCCAUUUUAAACAGAUCAAAUAAACAAAUCAGUGCCUCAGUUUUUUUUGCACAAUUCCUAAAAUUGCAUUUGCAGGAUACCGCAAGAAUUCGAUUUCGGUAUAUUUUGGUAAAUUUUAAUACUGAAUUUCAGCCUGUUUGAGUAGGAGCUAAUUGUUCAGUAAAUUUCUAAAUAGAAGGCUUAUUCUGCGAUUCGAGUGACUGGAUUAGUCAAAUUUAAAUCCUUAAUUGUGUUUUAAGUGAGUUUUCCAGGUAAGCAACGUAAGUUCAGAUUAGGUUAGAUUUGUACUUGAAGCUCAUCCGCAUUUAUCCGCGUUUUUUCAAUUGAGUCACUCUUAUGGGUCAGGACUACGAGAUAAAAUAUGGCUUGUCACGUAAAUCGACUCGAAGAAUAAGCCUUGCUUGAUACAAGUAACAGGGUGGAUAGACGAUACAAGCCAAAGUUUUUCAAGGAAAAACUCGUCCAACAACACAACGUUAAAAUAACACUAAAGCGGAAUUUGCCCUACAAAAUGCAUUAACCUAAAAAAAAAAUCUUACAGCUUACAUAUGUUGAAAAGCUUUUUCUUCAAGUUGUGUGUUAAAAAUACACGUUUUCAACUCAAAUAAAAAGUUCCAGCUAUUUUAGCACAGCUCAAAUUACCAACAGCUAAAUGCGCUAUGAUUUCUCUGAAAAAUGGAGAAAGGAAAUGGUAAAAUAAAAGUAAAAACUCAUAUUUAAACAACCCUGAAAUAAAAUUUUUAAAUUGUCAAAAUGAUUUUUAAUAUUGUCAAAAACCUCAAAAUUGCAAAAACUUACAAACUGUCAAAAUUGUCAUUUGUCAAAAUUGUCAAAAAAUUUAAUGAAUUUUUUGAAUUACCAAAACAGACAAAAAUUACAUGAUUUCUAAAAAUUACAGAAUUAACAUUACUAUCAAAUUUUAUUCCAAGGACAUAGUUGACUAAAUUAAAGAAAUUUAAAAAAAAUUGACCUUAUUAACAAAAUUGUAAAAAUUAUCGAAUUGAAAAUGUUAUCAAAAUGGACUAAACUUAAAAAAUCUUCCUAACUGUCAUUGUCGAAAUUAUUUUAAAAAAAAUCAAAAUAGUAAGUACAUAACACCAAAAUUGCCAAAAUUACAAAAUUGGUAAAAAUGAUCAAAUUGAUAGAAUUUCCAAUAUAUUAAAAAUCGACUAAAAAUACCAAAUUGACUAAGUUAACACCAAUUUGCAAAAUUGACUUAUCACAUUAAGGACCGCGAAGAAAUCUAAGCCCGAGAACACCCACAUUUUACAUUCUCUAUCUUAGAAACGACUGAAACAAAUUCUUCAACUUUAUUAUCACUGAGUUAUCGAAAGUGUUGUACCAAAUUAUGUAGAAUAAAGUUUCUUUAUCAAAUGUAUCACAUUUGAGUUAUGCUUCUCAGUGAAGCGCACUCGCGUGAAGCGAAAAAACUAAAUAUCUCGUAGUUGAUCAAAGUGUUAAUUAACGAAAUAGACAAAAAAAAACUCAAAAUGACAAUUGACGGAAUUGACAAUGUUGUCAAAAUUGACAAUAUGGACGAAACUUAAAAAAAAACAAAAAUAAAAAAUUAAGGAAACUGAUCAAAUUGUCAAAUUUUUCAAAUGACAAAAUUAACUUAACCAACAAAAUUGACAACAACGCAAAAUUAACUAAAUUGACCAAGGUUUUUUUUUAAUUGACCAAGGUUAUUUAAAAAAAUAAAAUAAAAAAAAAACCUUGGUCAAUUUUGUCAAUUUUGCGUUGCUGUCAAUUUUGCUGGUUAAGUAAAUUUUGUCAUUUGAAAAAUUUGACAAUUUAAUCAAUUUCCAAGGUUAUUAGAACACAAGGUUCUCUGACUUUGUCCGUAAGUAGGCGAGGAGAGCGCGGUGAGGUUCAGUGAGUUUGUUUGUAAACAUCGGUAAAUUUGUUUGAAAUGAUGGCUUUAUUGGAAAACAAACUCCACGAAGUCCGCAGUUGCAAACCCAAAAUGUCUGAAUCAGCAAUUUUACAUAUCGUAACACCUUGGAAUAAACAAAGUUAUUAACAUUAACAAAACUGAAAUAAUUGCGCAAAGAGACAAAAUUUAAAACAUGGAAAAUAUUGACAAAAUUGUCAAAGUAUUUAGAAUAAUUGUCAAGAUUUUCAAAAUUGUAAAAACCGUCUUGUCAAAAUUGACAAAUUGUCAAAGUUGCCAAGAUAGUCAAAAUCAACAAAAUUCUUGCAAAUUGUGCGAAAUAAGUGCAAUUGUCAAAAUUGGCAAAAAUAAUUGACAGAAUGUAUAAUGUUAUCAAAAGACAAAAUUGACUAAAUUUAAGAAAAUGACAAAAUUUACAGAAUUGACAUUGUUAUCAAAUUUGACAAAACUGAAAAAAUUAAAAAAUUAAAAUUGUCAAAUGGCACAUUUUACAAAAUUGAGUUAGAAAACAAAAUUAACGAAACACACGAAAAUUGACAAUGUUAUGAAAAUUGACAUAAUUUACAAAACUAAAAAAAUGCCCAAAAUGACAAAAUCAACAAAAUUUUUAAAAAAUGAUAAAAUCAACCAAGCUUACCCAAUUGAAAAAAAUGUCCAAUUUUAUCAAUUUGUGAAAACUGUCAAAAUUGUAAAAAUUGUUAACAUGCACAAAAUUAUCAAAAUUGUCUUAAAUAUGUAAAUAUUGUCUUAAAAUUGUCGAAAUUGUCCAAAUUAUCUGAAUUCUUCAAAAUUGAAUCCCAGAAGAAAAAAAAAUGUUUGAGUGCCCUCGAAAAAAAUUAGAAACCUUUAAACUUCCUACAGUGUAAAAUUAUCGCCAGUAACUUCAAAAGCUAUUUGAAGUGAAUGCCUUAAUCCUUUAUCAAACAAAUUACGUCGAAACUUUUUCAGUUUUUAUUGAUUUUUAAAAAGAAUUCUAAAACAUUGAACCUUGAAAAUGUGAUAUCCAAGGCGAAGCAAAUGUAAAAUAUAAACUAAGAAACUUUAGAAGGUAAAAUCAGAAUCAAAACAAGAAUCCAGAAGAAAACUUCGAGAAUUGAAACUUUGUAAGAUUCAUUAUCAACUCACUAAGCGUAUUCAAUUAAAACGCUAUUGUACAUCUUCGUUUUCCAAUGUUCAUAGGUGAUUAAUAUUAAUUCAUUCUGUCUAUUAAAGCAGUCUCAAAAUCUUUCAUUCAACCAUAAUAUUGUUGUUUCAACAGUGCAACAUCGUUGUGUUUCCAAUAUUCAUCGGUUGUUAUUGUUCAUUUAUUUAUCGAUUUGAAAAAAUCCUAAAAAUCGAUCAUCCAACUUUAAUAUUGUUAAUAGUGCAACGAUUAGAAAGGCUAGCACUCAACCAUCCUAUCUCAGCUCUCCGUGUUGAACCCUCUCAUUCGAUCGAACCCCGACGUCAAUAAACCACUCUCUAUUUCUCAAUAAUGUACCCCACUGGCUCCACCUAUCUUCCAGCACCUGUGCGAAUGCUUUUCCACAUAUGUGCCCACGGCCGUGACAUUUUUCAUCAUAUUAACACAACUUAUGAUACAUGUUGAUAAAAUGAAUAGAAGAAGAAAACCUUAGUGUAAUAAAAGAUUGACGAAAAAAAAAACAUAGAAAAACAAAACCUAAAAUGAGCAAGCAAAAAAAAAAAAUGUAAAUUACAAUUUUCAAGUACGUGAGACACGUUCACACAUUUUGCCCCUACACACUCAAGCGAGCAAAACAGCACACAAGCAAGCUGUGAAAAAAAAAUGCAACCAUUUGUCUGUACCUACUGUGUAUGAGCAAGUGUAGAAUUAAAACAAGCAACAACAGCAAAAAAAACAGCUAAAAAAAACCAACAAAAAAUAUUUGAAGCCCCAAGGUGGUUGCUGCACACCGAUGCCGAUUGUGAGCGAUUUCCGUUGUGCGGCUUCGAGUGUUUACAUGUCACUUUGACUUUACUUUCUCGAGAGACAGCAAUUAUAAUUUUGACGACAAUGGCUAGUUCUUUUACUGUGGACAAAAGGAAAGUAAACAACCUUGAGUUUUGGCCUUCCUAGUAGAAUCACUAGGUGUAGCGUUGAGUGUGUAAAACGUCAAUUUCGGCCCAAAUGACAGUAUAUAGGUAAAAGUUUAGUGACAGGAGUGACAGCACUCUCAAUAUACGAGUAGGUGUAGAACCAUUAUCGCGAUCGACUGCUAUUCUGGGAGUGAAAAUGGUUUUAGAGAAUUUUUAUUUUCGCAAAAGCGCUAUUCUCUAACAAUUGGUCUCUCGAGUUUUGAGAACAAUUGGCUUUCGGUAGCGACCAUAUUUCUGGAAUGGCAGUUUAACGUGAUGAAGUCCUAUUCAUUAGGAAUUGUAAUGAUAGGUGAAGUUAAGUUAAAUAAAAUGCUAACCGCUUGUUUCGGUUAGAUGUGCAAAGUUUAGACAGAACAAAAAAAAAUCAAAAAAGGACCUGAAUAGUCACUGUUUUCUUGAAUCUUUUUUACAAAUGAUUUACUACAAACAUAGUUUGUAGAUGUCAACAGCUGAAAGUAGCCAAAGGCUACAUUAGAUUUACCAAAGCAGUGACUAAGCUUUGUCAUUUGAGAAAAAAACAUAAAACAAAAAUUUUUAAAUGCUCACAUUAUGUUAAGUUUGAUUACUUUCGAUAACAUUUAAAGAGAACGCAAACAUUUUAGCUGUUUUUAAAUGUUUCUUAGCGAAAAGAGAAGUCUACAUAUUUUCCUACAUUUUAGAAAAGAAACAAAUCACAAACAUUUAAUUACAAAAAAAAAUCUCUGUCGAGAGAAAUACCGUUUCGAAGCUACGCCCUCUAGACUAAGAUAUAAACAAAACUAGAAGUGUUAUCAUUGAUCACAGAAACCAAAAUAUAGCUUUCAAAAUAGCUCAUUUUAUAUAUGGCAACCAAUGAAAAAUAAGAACAAAUCUCGCAUUGUUAUAUCCACGGAGGAUUGAAUGUUACAAAUCAAACCAACAAAUAGUAAAAACCAACACUUUGAUGAACGCCUCUGAAAACCAAUUUCAAAAUAAAUCAAAACUAUCGAACUUUUUAUCCCCCGAAAAUAAAAAUUAAAAGUUAA